CAUGGCGGGCAGAGCGAGCAGGGGAAUACGAAUACGCCGUUUCACAAAUAGAGAAACUGGCAGACCUAAGCCUGUAGUUUAGUGCGGUAUCAUAGAAUAGUUUAAAAAAUGGAUUUGAAUUUACCCGGCCCUGAACCGCAAGAUGACUCAUCAUCCAGUGAGAGCGACAGUGAGUCAAUGUCAAGCACUAGCAAGUCAGAUAUUCGAAUGUCUGUUGAUAGUGAGUCAGAUGCGGGUUUUCGUCAGAAACGUACUAGAAGUCGAUCAAGAAGUUUAUCAGGGGAUACUUCACCUCCUAAAAGACUGCGACAUUCAAUGUCCAGUAUGGAGUCAGCAACAGGAGAUGAUACUACAGACGAUCCUGAUCAUACUGAUCAACAGUCCUCUGAUGCCGAAGAUGCCGCUCCGUCCAUGAGUAGCCUGGUGAAACCUAGACAGGAAAUGGGUUACACGGAUACCAAGGCUGCAAAAAUGAUGGCAAAAAUGGGGUACAAAGCUGGCCAUGGAUUAGGUAAAGAUGCUCAAGGUAGAGUAGAACCUAUCGAAGUAUCAAAGCAAAGAGGAAGAAGAGGUCUUGGGCUGAAUAUGCAAGGUCUGGAACCUGCACGCUUGGAGUGGGCAUCUGAUAAAGAGGAAAUUAUUAUUGAAGAGACUCCUGAGUGGCUAGAAAAUUGGCAUUUAGAACCAUUUGAGGUAUCUGAAGACUUCAUUGUGGAAGGUAGGAAGAAGUUGAUCAUUGAUGAUGAAGCAGACUUUUGUUCCAAACGAAUUCUUCAAGAUAUCAUGAAGAACAAGACCACGUUUGAUGAGCUGGAUGGUCAAGAACUUCGUCGUGCAGUUACAAGAUCUAAUCCUUUUGAAACUAUCCAUGGAGGAAUAUUUUUGAACAGAGCUGCCAUGAAAAUGGCCAACAUGGAUAGAGCUUUUGACUUCAUGUUCACUAAACCUAAAGAUCAAGGCGGACAUGACAUGGUGGAUGGCAACAGCUUAUUGUACUUUGCUGAUGUAUGUGCUGGCCCUGGUGGAUUUUCAGAGUAUGUCCUUUGGAGGCACAAAUGGAAGGCAAAGGGUUUUGGUUUCACUUUAAGAAAUGAAAAUGAUUUCAAACUCGAAAAUUUCUAUGCUGGACCAUGUGAAUCGUUUGAACCUCACUAUGGUGUUAAAACUGGUGAUGAUGAUGGUGAUGGAGAUGUCUUCAACUCAAAGAAUCAAGAUGAGUUUAGAAAGUUUGUUUUGGAAGGGACUGAUGGAUUAGGAGUCCAUUUUAUGAUGGCUGAUGGUGGAUUUUCGGUUGAGGGCCAAGAGAAUAUACAGGAAAUUUUAUCAAAGCAGCUUUAUCUAUGUCAAUUUCUCAUGGCUCUUUUAAUUGUAAGAACAGGGGGUCAUUUUGUAUGCAAAGUGUUUGACUUGUUCACUCCAUUUAGUGUUGGCCUAGUUUAUCUUAUGUACCGGUCUUUCUCACAUAUAUCUAUUCAUAAACCUAAUACGAGUCGACCUGCCAACUCUGAAAGGUAUCUCAUCUGUAAAUGGAAACGUGCGGAUUGUGAUCACAUCAGAGAUUAUAUGUAUGACUUAAACAAACGUCUGAACCAAUAUGGGGGAACUGCAGCUGCAUCGCCAAAAGACAUUGUCAGUAUAGUUCCUCUAGACAUAAUGAAAGAAGAUAAAGCAUUUUUUGAGUAUGUUGUUAACUCAAAUAACAAAAUAGGCAGGAAGCAGAUUAUAGCAUUAGUGAAGGUCAUAACUUACUGCAGAGACACUUCACUUGAAGAGCUACGACAGGGUGACCUUCGUAAGAAAUGUUUGGACUAUUGGGGGGUCCCAGCAGAUGCCAGAAAGGCCCCGCCAAAGAUGUCAGCUGAGGAAGCAUUUGCAGGAAUUCUCAAUACUCCUGAAAAAGGUGCAGAGGUCAUACCUCCAGAAGUUAUUUUUAGUUCUCGAGAAAUAGAACUAAGCCUCAUUAAUCUUCCUGAAGUGUUUGAUUCUAUUUACAACUGGCACUGUGCAGUCCUUGGUAACUCUCAAAAGAGUGACAACAACUUAACCUUCUUUCUAGGUACUGGUCGAAGAAAUGUUUUUUAUUUAAAAAAUGGAAGAUGGUUUAAACUUUCUGGGAAUGUCAAGCUAGAACUUAGUGCUGGGACACUUUUGCUUGGAGAAAUAGUUAAAGAGAUAAAAGGAGAAAGGCAAAGGCAAGUCUGGAUCUAUGCUCUCCAUAUUGUGGAUGCAAUUUGCCUUGGCGGCAAUGACAUCCGCCAUCUACAUAUAACUGAACGAGCAAAGCAGUGCAAAUUGUUUGCCAAGGCCAUGAACAAACCAAACCGCACGGAUGUGGCCCCUAUUUAUGUAAAAGAACUUUUUGAACUGGAAAAUAUUUUUGAUAUAUACGAAAGGUUGAAAAGCAGAAUAAUGAAGAAUAACAAGAAACAAGAAAUAUUUCAACUAAAUAGGGAUGAUGCCUGCUUUGUACCUGAAGGAUUAAUAUUCUUCAAUGGCACACAAAGUCCAUGGAGUAGGCAUAUGAGUAAAACCCAUAAACAUAAGUACUACUUUCAUAGAAGCACUCGGGAGUCUAAGUUUGACCAUGAGAGACCGCCGAAGGCCUGCAAACCCUUCGGGAAAUGUUAUGCUGAGAGAGCUGUGUCAUGGUGGAACAUUGGCAUUACAUCAAUCACCAUUAAUGAUAUAAUGGAUUAUGUCAGCCAACGUAGUGAUUCUGCGGCCUCUAACCAGUACAAAUAUCAACAAACAUGAACCACUGCCUUUUCUGUGGACCUUAUUAAGAGUUCACAAGCCAAGUAAUAAAUAUUUAAUUACUUCUUAAGUGAGGUAGACUGUUUUGUGAUUCAGCUAUAAAUUUCUGUUUUCAUAGAAGAAUUGUUUAUCCAGAAGACUGACAUAAAUUUCUUAUUGUUGGAAUGUACUUGUAAGAAAUAUAAUUGUCUUAUCAAAAA